CAUAAAGUAUCUAUCUAUUUAUCCAAAAUAUUUUACUGUAAGUGUAGUCCAAAAACAAAUGGACACAUUUUUAUUAAUAUCUUUUAAAAAGAGCACACGCAGAGUCGAAAUAAUUUAUAUUUUAGAGAGAAACGUUUCACUGGGUAACAUCUAUGCAUUUUCUUAGAAGAAACGGUGCCCAUGAAAAUCGAACGCAGCGCGAAAACCCGCACAAUUGAGGCUCACGCGUCAUUCCGUUCUGCUCACGUGUCAUCGUUCUCUGAUUCGAUUGGACAAAUGAAGCCACUGUGACGGGCGUUCGUUCCAAAAUCCAGUGUACAUCUUGCAACCUAGGGUGUGUGAACUACACUAAUUUCGCUGUGUUUUACUGAGAGAAAAGAAGAUAUUCCUGACUCGAUAAAAAACAAAAUAGGUGCUUAAGCGUAGCUACAAUGUCUGGUCCAAUUAAGAGCCAAGCUCCACCAUUCCCAGACAUCCCCAAGUGGUAUGGGGUCACUGGUCCUAUCAGCGAGGAUCUGCCCGAAGAGGCUGACUUGAUCCAGACCAGAAAACUGAUUGACACUCUGAAGUCAUAUGGUGUAUUUGAGAAUGACUUGGAGCUGCAUCACAGAGAGAAGGUUGUCAAACGACUGGAGUCACUCUAUAAGGAGUGGCUCAAAGAAAUCUGUGAAAUAAUGAACUUACCUGAAACGAUAACAGAGAACGUCGGAGGCAAGAUCUUCCCAUUUGGCUCCUAUCAUCUGGGAGUUCACUCAAAAGGUGCUGAUAUUGAUGCCCUCUGUGUCGGACCCGGAUUUCUUGAGAGAAAAGACUUCUUCACCUCCUUCUUCGAGAAGCUGAAGGCUCAGGAGGAGGUCAAAGACAUACGGGCCAUUAAAGAGGCGUUUGUGCCUGUCAUCAAACUGACCUUUGAUGGGAUUGAGAUUGACUUAGUCUUUGCCCGGGUGGCACUGAAGAGCAUUCCUGAGAAUCUGGACCUUCUCAACGACAACUUAUUGAAGAACAUAGAUAAACGCUGUGUCAGGAGUCUCAAUGGCUACAGAGUUACAGAGGAGAUCCUCAGGCUUGUGCCAAACAUUCAUAACUUCAGGCUCGCUUUGAGAGCCAUCAAGCUGUGGGCCAAACGGCGUAACAUUUACUCCAACAUUAUGGGCUUCUUGGGCGGUGUAUCAUGGGCCAUACUGGUAGCCAGAAUUUGUCAGGCAUACCCAAAUGCUACAGUGUCCACCCUGGUGACCAAAUUCUUCAAGGUCUUCUCAAUGUGGGUGUGGCCAAUCCCAAUUCUCUUGAAGAGAGUAGAGGACCGCUACUUCAACCUUCCUGUUUGGGAUCCCAGGGUUAAUCCAAGUGACCGCUGCCACCUAAUGCCGAUCAUCACCCCAGCAUAUCCGCAGCAGAACACCACAUUUAACGUGUCUCCCUCCACCUUAACCAUCAUAAUGGAGGAGAUCCAACGGGGCCGUGACAUCACUGAAGAAAUACAGCAGAAAAAAGCAGACUGGUCCAAACUAUUUGAAACACCGAACAUUUUUGAAAAGUACAAGCAUUACAUUCUGCUGCAAGCAACUUCAGCUACGGAGAAGCAGCAGCUUGAAUGGGUUGGCCUGGUGGAGUCUAAAAUCAGACUUCUCGUGGGAACUCUGGAGAGAAAUGUGCACAUUUCCCUGGCCCAUGUUAAUCUGCAGUCCUUCCCUGGAUCCAGGAGGGCCAAUGACAAAGGGGGAAUGAGCACAAUAUGGCUGAUUGGACUUAAUAUGGAGGAAUCCAAAAACAUGAAAAUAGACCUGACCUCUGACCUCCUAUCCUUCACUGACACUAUCUACACCCUGGCAGAGAGCUGUAAAAUAUAUGAAGUGGGGAUGACCUUAUCAGCCACGCAUGUGAAGAGGGAAAACCUUAGCUGGCAGAUGCCUAAUGGCGAACGGAAGAGGGUUUUCAGUCCAGAAACAAAGCCAACAGUGAGCCGCCCAAUCUCUGCCACAGUACCACCUUGCCACACACCACCUGUCAGCUCAGGCCAACUGGCCACAAAGAGAAAAGGCUGGCCUCACUCUGAGAUGCCAGCCAAGAAAAUCAGAGCUGACAUGGAAUCAGUGUCUGUGACAAACGGCUCAUCUGUUAAAGCGACCACGCUCAGUAAUCCCGCUUCACCCAUGACUCCACAGGCCACAAAGAGACAUCGUUCUCCCCAAUCAGAAACUUCACUAAAGAAGUUCAAAGUUAAUGAGGAACCAACUCCAGGGACAAAAGACACCUGCUCCUCUACAGGUGCCUCGUUCAGUAAGCGUCCGUCUCCCAGUGCAAGCUCACCAAGCACCAAGAGACCUGGCACUUCUGAGCCAGAAAGGCCGACCAAGAAAUUCAAAUCUGACCUGAGUUGGCCCACUAUCGAGCUAUCCGACUUACCUCCCGGCCCCACCAAGACUGCUGUUGUUGUGAAACGCGCCAUCAAAUUCCAUCUUAUCAGCAGGCGUAAGUGAUCGAGUGCCAAUGAUUGGUUGACGAGCCUGAAGAUUACAUCAUCACUUUCUCGCUCCUGACCAAGAGGACAAAACUCCAACCUCCAUCACCAGCCAUUGCUUUGUUUCUUUUUCUCAUUUUAUUGCCUGCUUAUGGUGCAAGGGAAGGGGGGUAAGAUGCUUCUCCAUGAACUUGUAAGUCUUAAAACCCUGAUCCUUCGUGUAUCUUUUGCAGCAGGCGUAGUUGAUUGAGUGGCACUGAUUGGUUGACGAGCCUGAAGUUUACGUCAUCACUUUCUCGCUCCUGACCAAGAAGGAAAACUCCAUCCUACAUCACCAACUAUUGUUUUGUGUUUAUUUUUCUUUUUUUGGCUUUCUUAUUGUGUGUUUGUGUUGUAUUGUAUUGUACUGAAACUGAUUUUUAAAUAAUAACUGUAAAUGCACUUUAAAACUUGCAUUGUGCAUCUUUCGUAAAUAAAAUUGCGAACACUGUGAA